UCCCUUUAAGAGGAAGGAGCUGAGGGGGGAAGUGAAGCAGGAGCAGCCACUUCCUCGUUCCCCUCACAAUCAAAACAUUAUUCGUGCGCAAUGGGUGAGACUGCAUCCACGGAAGGACGUUUUCUCAUCUAGCAGUGUGCGCACAUCGUCCAAGCUCCACGAACUGCGUCCGCUCCACCAUGCUGCAGCUCAACGACACCAUGGAGCCGGAGAGUCCGGGCGCUGCGGUCCUCCACCCCGCAGAGACCGAGGAGGGGGUCGAGGUCGCCUUCACGCCGCCGGAGGCCGAACGGAGCCUCGGACACGGAGCCGCCGUGGCCUGCUGCCCCCCGCUGCAAACACUGACGCCUUUCCAUGUGCACAACCCCACGAUGCAAGCCAAAGUAAAGGACUACUUCGUGUUCAGGCCAGGUACCAUUGAGCAGGCUGUGAGCGACAUCAGGACUGUGGCUCUUCCAUCUGAGGAUGGAGAGGUGCUCAGCGUCUGGCUGCUGACAGAAGUGGACCACUGGAACAACGAGAAGGAGCGACUUGUGCUCAUAACCGAUAGGUCCCUGCUGGUGUGCAAAUACGACUUCAUUAACCUGCUGUGUCAGCAAGUCAUCAGGAUCUCCCUCAACGCUGUGGACACCAUCUCAGUGGGCGAAUUCGAGUUCCCACCCAAAUCCCUCAACAAAAGAGAGGGUUAUGGGAUCCGUGUCCAGUGGGACAAACGUCCCCGAGCCUCGUUCCUGAACCGCUGGAACCCCUGGUCCACAGACAUGCCCUACUCCACCUUCACAGAGCAUCCCAUGUCCCACGCUGAUGAGAAGGUGGCCUCUCUCUGCCAGUUGGACAACUUCAGAACCCAGCUGGUGCAGGCAGUGAAGAAAGCCCAUAAGGAGCAACCGAUCCCCGGCCGGGCUAACGGCGUCCUGAUCCUGGAGAGACCUCUGCUCAUCGAGACCUACCUGGGCAUCAUGUCCUUCAUCAACAACGAGGCCAAGCUGGGUUACUCCAUGACGCGCGGCAAGAUCGGCUUCUAGAACCCGCAGUUUGUCUGAAUCCCAACCCAUGUGUCUGUGUUCCAGUGCACUGUCUGAGGGAGGCCACGGUGUAACGUACAACCUGUCUGUGUGUGUGAGUGGAGCCCAUGAGACGUCGGUGUCAUAGACGAGUGGUCAGCCUGCUGUAGGUAAAGGACGCGCAGCGCUGCAUGGACCGUCUGCCCAAUUGGUUUUUUUGUGCCCCCAGUUGCUUUCCAUCAAAGAGCUGAACGCAGAUCUGCACCCGCAUCGGCCUCCAGGACCGCAUGGCGAUCUGACCGACGCUGGAGAUGAAGGACAAGCGCUUAAUUUAGAUGGAGCUUCUCAUAGUCUCAUGCUUCUUAUUUAACCACUGAAUGGCAGACUGACAGAACAUUUAGAUUUUGACAGAAGAUCGCUCUUAUUAGGGUUAAAUGUGUGCUUUUGUUCAGGCUUUAUUUCUGGAGAGCAGUGAAAACAUAACAUUAGCCAAGACUAUGCUCCCUAGAAUCUGUUCCCUGUCUGCUACAUGACUUGGUUUGACAUGAAAGAUGCCAUUAUUCAGAUCAUAAAGCCAUAGGGUAGCUUCUUAGAAUGAAAAGCAGCAAACAGAUGGUGUUUAACAGUCGUGCCACAUGAUCAUUGUAAUAAAUGUUACAAUAGGAAAGCUGGAAUUGAAGAGUCGGCACUCGUUUGCUGCAGAGCUCCGGGCUCGGCUUUGCUACUCCUACAGGUGGAAUACAUUUAUCAGCAUCCAUGAAACCUGUUGAGUGGGAAAUGCUAAACCACAUGUUGAGAUCCUCCAGUGUUUUGUUCUCCGUGUCUGUAUUUACUUAAACGAUGACUUUGAUCAGAAUAGUGAGCUGCAUUACCUCCAAUAGCAGAGCUGUUCUUGUAUGUCACAGAUGUUUUAUGCAACGUGAACAUGUCAGCCACGUUUUUCGGUUUGUGAACUGCCUUAACUGUCCUGCUACUUUCAUUUGUUUUAAGCAUACAUUUGCACACAGCUUUGCAUUGGUUCCAUAGAAAUUCUGUGUAUUGUCAAUCAGAUUUAGGCGGUUUUGCUCCAAACCUAUAAUACAUUAUCGUCCAAUCAGAGGUUACAGACCACAUUUCCGUGCUCAACAACGCCAACAAAUUGUGUCCCAAAACCCCCCUUUCUGGUCUUACUUGUGCAUGUUCUCUGCACGUUAAGUUUGCAUGACAGAUGUUUUUUUUUUUUUUAAAGAUAUCCUAAGUGGAUUUGUAGAUACUGAUUGUUUUAUUUAUCUGUAGUUACUUUGAUGCAGUUAACUCAAAAAUGCUUCUAGAAAAGGAAUAUUUCAUCGCCAGUUCUGGAAUAUUUUAUUUAGGGAGAUAAAGGCGAUUGCAACAAUGUGAAUACUUUAUGUUCUAAAUGUUAGUAGCACAGUAGCCACAAUGGAAAAUAAUGAAUUCCUACAUGUUUUUGUCGGGGCUGCAGCUCUCACAGAUUGCCGAUACAGAAGUGCAUUUAGAUCACAAUCGUACCGUCAAGGAUUGAGUAUUUACAGUUCAAACGACUGUGCAGUAAAGCCUUUAAAGGAUGAGCUAGCAUACAGACGGACGAUGCCUUGAGGUCAUUAAAUUGCUCCUGAUGUGUUUGAUACUGCCUGUUAAGUUAUUGUUUGGAUUCUUACUGAGACUUCGGCAUUGACACAGCAGGUAACAACUUCCAUUGUACAGGUGAUGAUGCAGCGUUUGCAGGUGAAAGAUAAUGCAACUCGUGUCAUGACGAACUGCUUUAAAGAUUUCCCAUUGAAGAA